CUGCCCGUAAACACCUCAGGCUUUGACGCGGAUGACAGGAAUGGAGAGUGAAGCUGCAAGAGACAAAGCCAUGGAAGAGGAAAGCACUGAACGGAAGAAAGAGAGGGAGAAAAAGAAGAGGUCAAGGGUUAAACAGGUGCUUGCAGAUAUAGCAAAACAAGUGGAUUUCUGGUUCGGCGAUGUUAAUCUCCACAAAGAUAGAUUUCUUCGGGAACAAAUAGAAAAGUCCAGAGAUGGAUAUGUUGACAUAUCACUUCUUGUAUCUUUCAACAAAAUGAAAAAAUUAACUACUGAUGGAAAAUUGAUAGCUCGAGCAGUUAAAAGUUCAUCUGUUGUAGAGUUGGAUUUAGAAGGAACUAGGAUUAGAAGACGACAGCCACUGGGUGAGCAACCAAAGGAUGUGGAUAGUCGUACAGUCUAUGUGGAGCUUCUUCCCAAAAAUGUUAACCACAGUUGGAUUGAGCGGGUGUUUGGGAAGUGUGGCAAUGUAGUUUACGUCAGUAUACCAAGGUAUAAAUCUACUGGUGAUCCAAAGGGAUUUGCUUUUGUUGAAUUUGAAACAAAAGAGCAAGCAGAGAAAGCUAUUGAGUUUUUGAAUAAUCCACCAGAAGAAGCACCACGGAAACCUGGUAUUUUUCCCAAAACAGUAAAAAAUAAGCCGGUUCCUGCAUUGAAUACAAAUAACAGCAGUGUUGUAGAAGAGAAGAAGAAGAAGAAGAAAAAGAAAUCCAAAAUUAAGAAAGAGAGCAAUACACAGGCAGCUGUAGAGACAAAGGAAUCAAACAUGAACACUACAACAGAGCAAGCACCCAAGUCAAAAAGACAUAGGACUUCAUCCGAGUGUUCAGAAAUGGGGGGUACUGAGGUUCACAGGCAGCCCUCAAAGAGAGAGAAAAGGAAAUGGGACAGAGCGGAAAGCACAGAGGUACCUGCGGAAAGCAGGCCAGGAAAGAGAAAAAGAAGUGGCUCUGGAGAUGCUGAGACACCAGUUACAAAAGUCAAGAAGACUGGUCAGAAGGAUCAAGUUCAUCCUGUAAAACAAGAAACAGAAGCUCCAAAAGAUUCCAAUGAAGUCCCUGCAGAAGAUGACAAAGAUGGUGAUAAAAAAGACACAUCCCUUUCAAAAUCUAAAAGGAAACACAAGAAAAAACACAAAGAAAGACACAAGAUAGGCGAAGAAGUCAUUCCACUCAGAGUACUGUCAAAGACCGAAUGGAUGGAUUUGAAACAAGAAUAUUUGGCUCUACAAAAAGCCAGUAUGGCCUCCUUAAAGAAAACAAUGUCUCAAAUCAAAACUGAGCCUGUGGGAGAGAUGGAAACGGAUGAUUGUGCACAGAAAAAGCCUCAGUUGAAAAAUGUCACAUCCACCAGUGAAGAUUCUGCCUCUCCUGUCAAGGCUAACACAAUGGGGCCCCAGUUUGUGAGUGGAGUAAUUGUGAAGAUCAUUAGCACGGAGCCCCUGCCGGGCAGGAAGCAGAUCAAGGAUGCUUUGGCGCUGCUGGCUGAUGUCGCCUAUGUAGACAUGCUGGAGGGAGACACCGAGUGUCACGUCCGGUUUAAUACUCCUGAGGAUGCACAGACUGUCAUGAAAUCACACAAAGAAAUACAGAUAAAAAACAACUGGAAAUAUGAAGUUCUCACUGGUGAUAAUGAACAACGUUACUGGCAGAAGAUUUUAGUGGACAGACAAGCUAAGCUUAACCAGCCUCGAGAAAAGAAGCGGGGUACUGAGAAGCUGAUUGCCAAAGCUGAAAGAAUGAGACUUGAAAAGACUCAACAGACAAGUAAGCAUAUUCGCUUCUCUGAAGAUAACUAACCAAGACUGACUGUGAUCUUGAAAGUGAACCAGGGGUUUUAAAAAU